UGGAAUAAGUGUGUUGCCUUAUCGACCAGACUUGCAAUCCUUUCAUAAAAGACAGGAGGCUUAUUUGGCAAGACACGAUUUCCACAAGUCCAUGAGGACUGGUGUCAAUUAUACCUUCAGCCUGAGAUUCUCUACUGAGAUACUAAAUUGUUUUGCUAAGACAGUCCCAGUCCUUCUUUUGCCUCCAGAUUUCUUUGUAUCCUGCUUCCUUUGGCAGUGACCUUCUGCGUGAACGGCCCCAAUCACCCUGUCACAGCCAUGGUGGGCACAGACGCGCUGCUCCCGUCACCUCUCCCCCAGUGUCAGUGCAGCAGAGAUGGAGGUGCUCUGGUUCCGGUCCAGGUACUCUGAAGUAGUCCAUCUCUACCGGGGCGGAAGAGAUCAGCCAGACAAGCAGAUUGCACAGUAUCGGGGCAGGACGGAGCUGCUGAAGGGCAAUAUCACAGAGGGGAAGGUCUCCUUGAGGAUACGCAACAUCACCCCUUCUGAGGAGGGGCAGUUUGUCUGCUUCUUUCAGUCACCUACAUUGGAUGGAGAAGCUGUGCUGGAGUUGGAGGUGGCCGGCAUGGGCUCUGCUCCUCACCUCUCCGUCAGUGGCUAUCAAGAUGGAGGGAUCCAGGUGGUUUGUGAAUCGACCGGGUGGUACCCAGAGCCCAAGAUGCUGUGGAAGGAUGUUGGUAGGAAGCAGCUUCCAUCAACACAGGACAAAAUACACCAGCAGGCUGAUGGGCUGUUUGCAGUGCACAGUGCCAUCGUGAUAACAGAAGCCUCCAACCAAAAUGUGUCCUGUUCUGUCCACCACCCUCUCCUUGACCAAGAGAAAUCUGCACGGAUUAACAUUGCAGGUUCCUUGUUCCUGAGGACCUCUCCAUGGGUUGUGGCACUGAGUGUGAUCCUGGCUAUCGUGUGCAUUUUCCUCCUCUUGUCCACUUAUUACUCAUGGAAGCAACGCAGAGCAAAAGAGCACCUGCAAUCUGAACUUGAGAAAGAGAGAGGGAAAUCCUUGGCUGAUCUCGGCUGGAGUAAAGUCAAAGAAAAUGCAGCACACGUGACUUUGGAUGUGGACACAGCUCACCCCAGCCUCUGCGUAGCUCAGGGGCGGCGACACGUGCGAUGGAGUGGGAACAAGCAGGACCUGCCUGACAAUCCCGAGAGAUUUGACAGUGAAACUUGUGUGCUGGGCUCAGAGCAGUUCACCUCCGGCCGACACUACUGGGAGGUGGCGGUGGAAGGUGGGAGGACCUGGGCUGUGGGGGUGGCCAAGGAGUCUGUGAGAAGGAAAGGUUGGAUCGAGUUUUCCCCCAAGGAAGGGAUCUGGGCUGUGGAUCAGUGUGGGAGUCAUUACCGGGCUCGCACUGCCCCAGAGACUCUCCUGCCUCUGCAUGGGACCGUCAUGAAAAUUGGGGUCUUUCUGGAUUAUGACGCAGGGAUGGUGGUGUUUUAUCAACCCAGUGUGGAGCUCCCAAUCUACAGUUUCACCUCCACUUUUAGAGAAGCUGUCUUCCCUUUCUUUUGGGUCUACACCCCCAUUACACUGCUUCCCUGAGAAAUAGAAAUGGCAUUGUUGCCCUGCAAGCCCUUACAUUUGCCAGUGUUGAAGGGGCUAAUAGCUCCACAGCUGACUCUGGCGGAGAGCAUAUGCGAUCUACCAGUGACGCACUAAGACACGCAGUGUCUGGGGUGCGGGGGGGGGGGGGGGGGGCAAGUGUGCUGCCCCUUCCUCCCCAUGUGUGCCCUGCUACGACGCAGUGUCUGUGCCAGCAUGGAUCCCAUUUUGGAUGUGACACUGAUACAAACUGGGAUCCACAAAUUAGAUGUGGUGAAAAAAAUACUUUCAGAAACCUAGUAAAACAGCAAAGGUGUUUGAUUCCAUUAAAAAAUAUAUAUUUUUUUUAUACUUUCCAGUCAUUAUGUUGCCAUGUUCAAAAUUCAGUGUUUUCCAAACUGGAAAUGUCCAUUUGGAAAGAGCCUCUUUUACACUGAGCCUCAGCAAUGAGUCAGUCCUGCAGAAAGAGCCUGAUGAACCAAAGAUGACAUGAAACCCAAGAAAAGUUUUUACUGGCACCUUUCUAGCCGGGGACAUAUUUCAAGAAAAUUAAAUGUUUCCACCCCAAAAUAUGUUUGUAGUGGCAUGUUUCUUUAAAAAUACUGAUGUAUGUAAAAUUGUGAUCAGUUCUGCUAAACUCCUCCAAUCACUGCACAUGUCCUUAUGAGGUAAUUUGUUUUUAUUCCUGUAUUUUUAUGACUGUAAUGUAUGAAUUUAUCAAUCCUUAA